GGCCCGCGGCUGUCUCCCGUGGAGCCGAGGAGCGUGCGCCGGGUCCGGAAGCGCAGCCGCGGGUGGGAGGCGGGUCCCGGCGCUGCCCUCGGAGCCGCCCGGGGCCGAGAUGCGCCGGGCCCGCUGCGCCCUGCUCCCGGGGGCCCUGCCAGGGCGGCGGAGGCAGGGCGGCCCUGCAGGAAUGGGAAGGCUUUGGCUCCGUGGGUAGCCCGCUGAUUUUAUAACCACACAUUGAAACGACUGAGACCAAGAGCCUUGGUUUGAUUUCUCCUACUGAUCAUCUCAGCAUGGGGAGGAUCAGCGUCUCCUGCCUGUUUCCUGCUUCCUGGCAUUUUAGCAUCUCCCCGGUGGGAUGUCCUCGAAUUCUGAACACCAACCUACGCCAGAUUGUCGUCCUUGGCAUCCUGGCUGCUGCUGUUUCCUUGUUAUACUUCUCUGUCGUCAUAAUCCGGCAUAAGUAUGGGCGCUUGUCCCGGGAUAAGAAGUUUCACAGGUAUCUGGCCCGAGUGACAGACAUCGAAGCUACUGACACCAACAACCCGCACAUCAAUUAUGGUAUCGUGGUGGACUGCGGGAGCAGCGGAUCUCGGAUUUUUGUCUAUUGCUGGCCCCGGCACAAUGGCAAUCCUCAUGAUCUGUUGGAUAUCCGACAGAUGAGGGACAAAAACCGAAAGCCGGUGGUCAUGAAAAUAAAACCAGGCAUAUCAGAGUUUGCUACCUCUCCAGAAAAAGUCAGUGAUUAUAUUUCCCCACUUCUGAGUUUUGCUGCAGAACACGUGCCACGGGCCAAACACAAAGAGACCCCUCUCUAUAUCCUCUGUACGGCCGGCAUGAGAAUCCUUCCGGAAAGUCAGCAGAAAGCCAUAUUGGAAGAUCUCCUGACAGACAUCCCAGCACACUUUGACUUUCUGUUCUCCGACUCUCAUGCCGAGGUUAUUUCAGGGAAGCAAGAAGGUGUCUAUGCUUGGAUCGGCAUUAACUUUGUCCUCGGGCGGUUUGAGCACGUUGAAGAUGAUGACGAGGCAGUGGUGGAAGUGAACGUUCCUGGGGGCGAGAGCCAAGCGGCUAUUGUCCGAAAAAGGACAGCGGGUAUUCUGGACAUGGGCGGAGUGUCUACCCAGAUAGCGUACGAAGUUCCCAAAAGUGUAAGCUUUGCCUCCUCACAGCAGGAAGAAGUAGCCAAAAAUUUGCUUGCUGAAUUUAACCUGGGCUGUGAUGUUCAUCGCACUGAGCAUGUGUACAGAGUGUACGUAGCCACCUUCCUUGGCUUUGGUGGGAAUGCAGCCCGGCAGAGGUAUGAAGACAGCUUAUUUACCAGCACCAUGCUAAAGAACAGGCUCCUGAGUAAGCAGACAGGUCUAACUUCUGAUACUCCAUAUCUGGACCCUUGCCUGCCCUUAGACAUUCGGGAUGAGAUUCAGCAGAAUGGGCAAACUAUGUACCUGCGGGGAACUGGGGACUUCACCCUGUGCCGGAAGACUCUCCAACCUUUCAUGAACAAGACAAACGAGACCCAGACUUCCCUCAAUGGGGUCUAUCAGCCUCCAGUUCACUUUGAGAACAGCGAAUUCUAUGGCUUUUCAGAAUUCUACUAUUGCACUGAGGAUGUGUUAAGAAUGGGGGGAGAUUACAAUGCUGCUAAGUUUAUUAAAGCUGCCAAGGAUUAUUGUGCAACAAAGUGGUCCAUCUUGCGGGAACGCUUCGACCAGGGACUGUACGCCUCUCAUGCUGACCUCCAUAGGCUGAAGUAUCAGUGCUUUAAAUCGGCCUGGAUGUACGAGGUGUUCCACAGAGGCUUCUCAUUUCCAGUUAAUUAUAGCAAUUUAAAGACAGCCUUGCAGGUGUAUGACAAGGAGGUGCAGUGGACCCUGGGAGCAAUCCUUUACAGAACCCGGUUCUUACCUUUGAGAGACAUCCAGCAGGAGAACUUCCGGGCCAGCCACACUCACUGGCGAGGCUUCUCCUUUGUCUACAACCACUACCUGUUCUCCGCCUGCUUCCUGGUCGUCCUCUUAUCCAUCCUGCUGUAUGUGCUGCGCCUGCGGAGGAUUCACCGGCGCAUGCUGUGGAGCAGCUCGGCGGCCUCCCUCUGGAUGGAGGAAGGACUUCCGCCCCAGAAGAUGGCUGGAGCCUUGUGAGCCGGGGCUCGUGUGAGGGCCCGGGGAGACUCAGAAAAGAAAAAGCCAUUUUUGCCUCAGGGGUUCUUCUCAUUUCUCCCUCUUUCUUUCCUUCCCAUUUGGUUCCUUCAAAUAACAACAUUUUUUAAAAGACCUGCUUUCCCGGCAGUGUGGUGUUCGCUUAUUUUUGGAAACUGCUGAGAAACGGGAAAGGCACUCGGUGUAAAUAGAACCUCCCAGCUAGACAUCCUAGGGGCUUUCCUCUUUAAGCAGUUGGUCACAUAAACGCACUCUCAUAUUUGGGGCGGGGGCAGGCCGAGAGGAGCACCUCGGGAUGAAGAGGGGCUCUAAGAACCACAAAGUCUUAUUGACUGAAGAGCUGAUUCCUCUUCCUUUGUUGUGCAGUGAGCUCCUCAGCCCAGCUAGGGGAGUGGGUGUGUGUUUGUAUUUAUUUUUCAGGCUCACUGCUCUGAGAUUUCAUUAAAAUGUUUUAAAAUCCCAAGCCAUGCAAAUAGAAGACAGACCAGGGUGGGGCUGACAGGCUUUAAAAGUGGUAGUGAAGAAACCUAUAAAAUGUGAAAUGUGGAUUGUCUCUGUGUGUAUAUGGGGUGUGUGAGAGCACGUGUAUGUGUGUGCAUGUCUAUAUGAUGUGUGCGUACAAAAUUAUGAUGAGUUUGAGUGAGGAUAAAGAAAGCCUGUCCCUUCCCAGCUAGGAUUCUUUUUCAAAAACAAAAGAAAACAAACUUGAACACUUUUGCUUGGUUUGCAUUGAGGGGAGUCUCCUGUCCGUACCACCCCCCCCACCCCGCCCCCCUCAGUGAGAAGCUGACAAAGGUCGAUAGCCCCUUCCUCCCUCCUAUCUCCAUGUCCUGGGAACCCUUUCAGUGUGGACACUGCACAGUGAGGUGGUUCAUCCCAGGGACGCUGUGUAUUAGAGCGCUCCUCUGUUGGUCUGUUUUCUUUGGCCUAGCUCAUUCUUUUUUCCAGUUUCCUCCUUUAAAUGGACACCUUGAGACUUGACCAAAAGUGGUACUCCCAAGGACCAUAUUUUUGUAGAGGGGAAGCAUCAGCUGGUGGGGAGCUCUCCCCCGGUGUGAUGAGGCUACAUCAGCAAAGCUCUUAUAAAAACCCAGACAGAGAGGGGAGUGUUAUGUAUUGGCUUAGAGUAAUGCUUCCACGGUUCAGGUGCUUCAGACAUUCAGAGAAAAAAAUAUAUUUUAAGGAAAACCAAAUUAAAGCCCAGGGGUGUGGGGUGCAUUCCCAACCACGGCAUUCUAGUUGUAGAGGCUUUGACUGUGUGAGACAGCUCACUGGGAUCAUCUCGCCCUGAGGUUUGGUCCCUGCCCAGGGUCAAGAGCCUCCUUUUGUGCUGUUCAUGGCAGCUGGCCCAGAGGAGGGCCAUCGGCAGGCAGCACAUCGCUGUUUCCAGUGUCGUUGCUAGCUUUUCCUUUCCAUGAGUUUAAAGUAGGCCGCAGGGAUGGAAUUUGCCAGUCGGGCUGUUUGCCCAGCAGUUUGAUAACACUGUUAAGUCAGAUUUCCUUAAAUACUCUGUUGUCCAAAACACUGUGAUGAAAUACCACAAAGGACAAAGUUCCCUUCCUGAUAUAAAUUCUCCAAAGAUGGAAGUCCCCAAAAUGCAAAAAUUACUGGAACGUUCCCCACUCCAAGGUGAAAGGUUGGUGAUUGCUGGGGCAGUGUGUACUGGAGAGACCUCAGGGGUACUUCCCUGUGGUACCUUCAGAUCUGACUUCUGAAAUGUGGAUGCACCUUUGGACCUUUGGCCCCUGGGGCGCAGUCUUCCUGGGCAGGGAGCGGUGGGAUGAGCAGACCAGCUUGAAAGAAGGUGGUCCCCAGGGCUGGAGCUCAAUCCAGAUGCGGCCACAGCCUGCCUGCUUUUUGGUAUCAAUAGUGUCUGGACCUUGGGGCUUCACUCUCCCACAGACCAGCAGGCUAUGCCAUGGAAUGCACUUGCCAGUGAAAGCUGAGCUAGAGCCUUCUGGUCCUUUAGCUGUGAAAACCCUGGCAGGGCAGGCUUCCAAGAUGAACACAACUUGUAUUGGAGUCUCCUUUUAUCAGGAAGGGCCCAGGUGGGGCCUCUGUGCUUUGCCUAGAUCCAGCUGAGGGUGGGAAGUUGGGCCCAAGUCACCCAACAUUCUCAUGCCCUCCUCCUCCCCUUCAGAGAGGUGAACACAAAGACAAUUGAUAGGCUAGAGAGAAAUGUUAUUUCCUCCUGGGUUUCACUAACUUUGCUCCUUGGAAAUUUUCAAGAUGAAUUUUCUAAGAAGCCAGAAAGCAAUAGAAAAAAGGGAUUUAUUUACUUCUAGUGAAAAAAAAAUUUUUAAAUCAGAUGUAAUAUUGUGAUUGGAAAUUUUGUUAUCAAUUCACUUGUGCCAGAUAGGAAAUAGCAUUACAUUCCAAUGUUUUUUAGCAUUACAGGUAGAAGUAAUACCCAUUGCCUUCCAUGGACCUAACUCAGAUUGCAAAAAAAAAAAAGAAAAAAAUUCUAAUCAUUAAAUCACUCAUUAUGUCUGACUGGUCCAAGGCUGGUGAAUGUCACACUAUAAGUCCCUGCUGUGUUUUUUUUUUUUUAUGACUCUUUGUGGUCAUCAGGCUAUUUGCAAACAUUUUGAGUUUCUGGUCCACGUAGCUAUGGGUUUUGCUUGUUAAGAAAUGUAAUUUUCUUGUAGAAAUUUCCAACAUUCAUUCACAGAAACCUUCGGGUCGCUUCCCACCAUGCUGGGUCAGAAGGAGGACUGGUAGUAGGCCCAGUUCUGCAGAAUAAAAGGCAGGCCAAGCAGGGAGGAGCGGAGUUCAGUAGGAGGAGGAUGAUGUCAGCCGAGGACCUCGGACCUGUGCAACCUUGAAGAACAAUGACCUGCUUUCAGUCCUGUUGUGGAGAGCCCCUCUGUGAAUGCAGCUCUGAAGCCUCUGAGCCACACUAAGAGGGUUCGCUUUAUUUUCAGACCCUGGGGGAGGCAUUGUGAAUGUUGAAUGUUGCAAUGUAGUGACAGAUUUAUAAAGUGAGGAGAUGACAUUUUUUUCCCUCUGACCUGCUGACUGUGGUGUACUCACAUUUCAAAAUCAGGCCCACAUAAAACAAUUUAGGGUACAAGGAGUGUCACUUAGAGACUAAGUGACAAAAAUGGGUUUUCAAGAUGUUCUUAAAAACAGCUCCAUCUUUGUGUUGUGGUUAACAUUCAAUGCUGUGAAAGUGCGUUAGGUAUUCGGCUAUGGCCGUGGCUUGGGACGUUUGGUACUAAUGUGGCCUUCUGGCUAUUGAUGGCAAGUGAUGUGACCAACGAAGGAGAAUUCUGGGACCUAUUGCUGAAAUGACAGGGUUUUACUGCAGGGGAUUGCAGAAAAUGAGGGAAUGUGUUUAAAUUAAGCUUGCAUUUUAUCAAAUUCAUAUUUCCUUUCAAAGCUGGUAGACCUUGUUUUGGAAAACUUGGAGGUGGACAAUCUCCACCAAAUCCGUCUCCUUUCAUUUUCCAUUUUGUAGCAGCCCCAUGUUGGCAUGCGUGAGUGGACGAUGCUGAGAAUAAAGUAGAAAUUCAUAACAUUA